CCAUUUUAAUUUUUUCUUCUCAUACUUUUGUAUCUGUCUAUGGACAUAUCUGAUUCCAAUAGAAACAAUUGUGAACAGUCAAAUUCACUAACAAGUAUAAUCGUUCAUUUGACUCUUUACAACAUAGAUAAUCCUUCCGAUUGUCAUGUUCCUUACUGUGAAUCGAUUGUUAGUGAUUUGGAAACUUCCAUCACAAAAGGAUUAACUGUCGCAAAGCUUAAGGAAGCACUCGAGUCUCAGGAUUUAAUUCCGAAUAAUUUUGACAAUCAAUUUAUACUACAAGUUCGUCUAGACUCAGCUCAUGGUCGAUGCGUCGAAGAUGAUCAAAUAAUACAAGAAUCUAUUAAAGAUAUUUUUAUAACAUUGAAACCAAAGCAGGUCGCAUCAUCGGUUGCCAACCAAAGUCGUAAAACACCUCCAACUGAAACGUAUCAAAAUUUGUUACUUGAUCAACAUGCUCCAUUUAACUUUCAGAAUCCAUUAGAAACGUUAACAAAUGACUUUCCAAAACAUACUUCUAAUCCAACAGAAUUAAUUACUUCAUUCGAUUGUAAUAUAGGGCAACGACAUGAUCUUCACCCAAUGUCGUUCACUGAUCCUAGUGUUAUGCAAGAUGUCAUGAAUUCUCCAAUGAUGCGUUCCCUUAUGUCUAACCCAGAGAUAUUCCGAACGCUACUUGAUUCAAAUCCCCAAAUACGUCAGUUACGUGAGCAGCAUCCAGAAUUGAAUUAUCUUUUAAAUGAUUCUGAGCUUCUUCAACAAUCGAUGCAAGCCAUGCAAAAUCCUUCUCUUAUGCAAGAAAUGAUAAGUAAUACGGAUCGUGUAUUAAAUAAUAUUGAUGCAGUUCCAGGAGGUUUCAACGCCUUGCGACGAGUGUAUCAAUCCAUUCAAGAACCAAUAUGGGAUGUUUCAUUUGGUUCUGGUCCACAAAAAAAUGAUGAACCACGCGAUUAUCAAUUAAAAACAUCCGAUUACCCUUCUACGAAAGCUAUACCGAAUCCAUGGGCUAAAAACAGACACACACCACCUAAAUGUUCUACAGCUUCAAUGUCAGAUUGUCGACAACAAGGAAACUCUUUUCGAUUAGCGACAUCAGACGUUCCUUCGGAACAAACAACAUUUCCCAAUAGUUGUCCAACGAGUCUUGAGACGAUUCCAUCUAUUCAACCCUUAACUUUAUCACCCUCUUCACAAAAUUUAAAUCGUUUAGAGAACAGCUUAUCAUCUUCUCCUGCAAAAGUUGUUCCUGAUUCAACUGGAGCGUCAAGUGAUUCAAAAACAACGUCGCUACAGACAACGUCUCAUUCAAUCUCAUCCCCCCAUCCGACUACUGAGACGCCCAUUCAGGAACCUGUUUCAUCCGAGUCUGUACCUCUUGUUUAUCCUAGUAUUUUCAAUGCAUCACAGGGAUUACGAUCACUGGGUGGUUUUGGUCUGUCCCCGCAUAUUCAAGGUAUUGUACGUACUCCCAAAAAAGAAGAAAAGAAAAACGAAGAAGCUUCUCUACAAGAAGAAAAGAACGAUGGCGUUUCUUUGACCAAGAAAAAAGAAUCACAACAUUAAAUUGUUUUUUCUUAUGUUCUUAUUUAUUGAAAAAAAAAACUGUGACACAUUUAACAUUUUGUACUUGAAGUGUCUUUCACAAUGUCUUUCUAUGAAAAUUAAAUAUAAUUUUAAAACAAAAGACGUUCAAAGCGUAUCAGAUUG